AUGCAGUUUACGUAUAUUUCAAUUUUGCUCGUUUUCAUUUCUUUUGUCCAAGCCAGAACGGAAUGCGGAAGUGUUGGUGGAGAUUUUAAUAGGACAAAGUUGUAAGUUAACGUAAAAGUUAAGUAAAAAACAGAGUAAGCUUAUUUUAAAUAGUUCAAAUACUCCUAGGACCUGUUCGGUCCCUUUGCUCGUCUAAUCUACAUAAGUUUAAAUUAUUUUUGUAACAAAAUGAAAAAGAUAAUACUGUAAUAAUAUGUAUAUACGUGCAUUAUUCCAUUUUUUCAGAAUAAUGAAAGAAAACGAAUGCGUACAAAAGUAGUAAGUAAUUAAAGUUUAACUUUAUAUUUUUAAGAACUUUUUUAAUAAUAGUUUAAGUUUGUACGUUUAAAUAAUGUUGUUGUAGCUCUCCACAACAAUGCUGGGUAUAUGGUGUAAAGCCGGAGGUUAUGAAAGCCAAUGCGUUGAUUACCUUUAAGCUUUGUAAGUUUAUUCAAGUCUUGACUAUCUAGUUUAUCAUAAUUUUAUACUUCUCAUAAAAAUUUAUCGUAUUUUACAUAUUUAAAAAAAAAAUUUUUUUUUAUAUAUUAAUUUUUAAAACAUUGUUAAUACUGUACUAGACAUUUGUACAUUUAGUUCCACAGUUAGUAUCGGACUUCACUGAAUGCCUUGUACAAAAGAUGAAUGAAAUGAAGCCGGAAUUUGUACAUAACUACAAUGUAACGGCAAUCAAUAUAUUCAAAUACAAUUGUAUUACGAAAAGAGAGGCUUGUCAGUAAGUAAAUUAACUUUUGUUUUGAAAAAAUUAGUUUUUAAAACAGAAAAUUUUUUGUUUUAGGCAACUUUUGAUUGUGUUUUUGGCUGGGGUUUUGGCUAAGAUUAGGUCUAGGGACAGUUAUUUGACUGGUGCUUUGGCUGGUGCUUAGGGUACAUUUCUAAAUAUGUUUCAGUAUUUUAGUUAUUUUAUGACAGUAUGGCCGCUAACUUUUAGGUUUCUAAAAGACUACUUAAUACCCCUGACCUGUUGGAUUCAAAGAGAUUGUAACAAAAUGUUGUCGGAUUCAUUGUACGCCUUUACUUAUGGUGAUUUAAUGUUGGCUGCUGAAACUUCAAAGACUUUUCGGUGAAGUUUUUUGUGUUUCGAUUCUUUAUUAGUAUAUAAUCUUCAGUGAAGAGAGGAGGGGUAAAAUUUUAUAAGACUUUAACUCAAUCUAAGUUUACAUUGUUAUAACUCUGCUUAAAGGAAACGAUUUUAGUUGCUUCGGCUCAACCCAAUACGAUAUAAAGCCAAACUUUUUCAACUUGUACACAAUAGCCACUGGUGCGAAUGUUGUUAGUACUGAUUUGUGCUCAGGUGUGGAACUACCAGUAAAUCAAGAAAAAAGAAGAAGAUUUGGUGGAGAUGGAAAGCUACACUGA